AUGGCCGCGCCCUCGGGAUUGCAGACGCGUACGGUGCGGGUGCCGUACCUAAACGCGCGUGUCGGAUACGCAACGUCGUACCCUUCGUCUGGCCCGGACCCGUCGAAGCCGACGGUAGUCUUGAUUAACUCUCUGUGCACGACGGCAGCGCUGUACGCGCCGCAGCUUAGCAACGCGCGACUCGCCGCCGCCACGAACCUCAUUGCGGUCGAGACCCUAGGCCAUGGCGAGACGACGGCGUUGGCGUCUUGCCAAGGAGAGCAGGAGGAGGAGGAGGAGGAUGUGCACUUCACAUACUGGGAUAGCGCGCGCGUUGCGCUUCAAGCCCUAGAUAAGCUCAACGUCACCAAGGCCUAUGUUCUAGGAACCAGCCAGGGCGGAUGGAUUGCUGUCCGAAUGGCACUGCUGGCUCCCGAAAGGAUCCUUGGUCUCGUCACGCUCGGGACUUCGAUGGAUUGCGAAUCCAGCGAGUCACGCCAGAAGGGUUCCUGGGAUCCCUCUCCCUUCGUCACACCCUUCCUUGAGAAGUGGAGAGGCGCCACGGCGACACCCGACUUCGUCGUGGACGAUAACUGGAUCCAACCCGUAAUCACGCUGGGAUUUGGGUCCGCAGCCACUCCUGCGACCGUCGAGUACUGGACGGACAGUAUGCGGCGAAUCUACUCGGGUGACAACGGGCGACGCAAGGUCAGACUGUUGACGAUAUGCCUGGCCGAGAGAGACGGGCUAUUGUACCGGCUCGGUGACAUUAAGUGCCCCAUCCACUGGCUACAGGGGUUAGAAGAUCCAGUCUUCGGCUCGACUAUCCCGCAAGAACAUAUUAAGCUGUUCACGGCGUCGCCGAGCGCGAAGCUCGACAUUAUCGACGGAGGCGCGCACCUCUUGACCGCGACGCACCCGGAGGAGGUCGAGGCGGCCAUAUUGGAGAUGGUAGCAAACUCUUGA